AUGCCCGGAGCCGCCGCCGCUGCCGCCGCCGCCGCCGCGAUGCUCCCGGCUCAGGAGGCUGCCAAGCUGUACCAUACCAACUAUGUGCGGAACUCGCGGGCCAUCGGCGUGCUGUGGGCCAUCUUCACCAUCUGCUUUGCCAUCGUCAACGUGGUGUGCUUCAUCCAGCCCUACUGGAUCGGCGACGGCGUGGACACCCCGCAAGCCGGCUAUUUCGGGCUCUUCCACUACUGCAUCGGCAACGGCUUCUCCCGGGAGCUGACCUGCAGGGGCAGCUUCACGGACUUCUCCACGCUGCCCUCGGGAGCCUUCAAAGCCGCCUCCUUCUUCAUCGGCCUCUCCAUGAUGCUCAUCAUCGCCUGCAUCGUGUGUUUCACCCUCUUCUUCUUCUGCAACACGGCCACCGUGUACAAGAUCUGUGCCUGGAUGCAGCUCACCUCCGCUGCCUGCCUUGUGCUUGGCUGUAUGAUUUUCCCUGACGGCUGGGAUUCGGAUGAAGUGAAAAGAAUGUGCGGAGAAAAGACAGACAAAUACACACUCGGGGCUUGUUCAGUCCGCUGGGCAUACAUCCUGGCUAUUAUUGGAAUUUUGGAUGCCCUGAUCCUCUCGUUUCUAGCAUUCGUGCUUGGUAAUCGACAAGACAGCUUGAUGGCAGAGGAACUGAAGGCAGAAAACAAAGGUUGA